CUCACAGCGUACUCAAACAAAACAUCCAAAUCAAGGCUGUCGGAUCAAUCCUAGGACCAUUGUCUUCUUGCAAAAGCCACUGCAGGACGGGUCAUGAUGCAGCACUCAGUCACCGGGGAGCGCUCUCCUCUCACACUCAAACAUGCCUCGUUUGAAGACGAGACCAACCCAAGCAGCAGUAUUAGCAUCAGCAGCAGCAAACAGUCCUCCACCAUCAUCGGCAUAUUGCGCAUUCCCCGUCUGAUAUGGGACUUCACUGAGAGCAACUUCGCCACCUUCGUUGUCCCCAACACGGCCUUCGGCCUCCUGGGCGGGCUCACCGGAUCGCCUCUGACCACCUUGGGCCAGCCGUCGACGACGACGACGACGACGUUCUCGGUCCUGCAGCGUCUCCCUCUGGUCGUCGCCUUCAACUGGUAUAGCGUCCUCGUCUUCGACCUGGCCAACCAGCGCGGCCCGGAAUCCGUGGACGAGGAUCUCGUGAACAAGCCCUGGCGCCCCAUACCCACGGGUAAAGUGACGCCCGAGCAGACGCGCAAGGCCAUGUUAGUCGCCAUCCCCGUGGUUCUGACACUCAACUACAUCCUGGACGUCUGGCGGGAGGGUGUCUUCAUCCUCAUCCUGACGUGGCUGUACAACGACCUCAGGGGCGGCGACGAGCUCGUCCGGGACGUCAUCAUUGCCGCGGCCUACGGCCUCUUCAACACGGCCUCGCUGAAAAUAGCCAUCGGCGGAGACGCAGAGGCGACGGUCACCGACGAGGGCUAUGCGUGGGCGUCCAUCAUCAGCGCCGUGAUCCUCACGACGAUGCAGGUGCAGGACCUCAAGGACCAGGCGGGCGACCGCGGGCGCGGACGCGCGACGGUGCCCCUUUUCUUCGGCGACAGGGUUUCGCGUGUGUCUCUCGCAAUUCUCGUCCCGUUCUGGUCCUGCGUGUGCGUUUACGUCUGGAACAUCCGCUCGUGGGCGGUGCUGCUGCCCACCAUGUCUGGCGCCAUGGUCGUCGCCGGGGUGCUCCGGACGAGGAGUCCGGAAACGGAUGCGCGAGCCUGGAAGUUGUGGUGCCUGUGGACGGUCUGUCUGUAUUCCCUGCCGCUCGUCGGUGACGGUUUCGUGUCGUUGACAACACAUGGUUAAUGGGGUGGUCUGCUAUGCAACUCACCGUUUGGAGCAGUUUGGCUGUCUGGUUUGGGUGAACCCUGGGAGCUGUGCGAGUCAUGAGAAGAGAUAAGUGAUGGAAUCCGGCUAGAGAGUCGGGAGAGAGCAGGCCGGGCCGGAAGGGUUGUUAUCGAGUCGUUGAUGUGCGUGCUCAACUACGUAGGGUUAGCCGGGGGCCACGA